CCGCCCGCGCUCCUUUGUCAGCGGAGCCGCCGCCGCCCGCGGCCGCCCCCGGCCCCGCUGGCCCGAGCGGGGCAGCGCCGCAGCACGGCCAGCUCCGUCCGGCUCCGUCCCGCCCCGUGCUGCCGGCCCAGCGGCUCCAGGGUGUUGAUGGAGUUAUGAUUCUCCCUGUACUGAUGGUGAUGGCGUUCCCAUCUCCGAGCUGGCAAGAUGAUGAGCGGAAGCUCAAGAUGAUCCCCUACGAAUGUGUGUGUGAAGGCAUAUCCUGUGGGAACGGGGAUCGGUGCCAAGGCCAGCGCUGCUUUGCUUCCCUGAGCAUUAAUGAUGGGGCCAAGGUCUACCAGAAAGGCUGCUUCCAGGUCUAUGAGCAACGGAAAAUGACCUGCAAAACGCCUCCAUCCCCCAGCCAGGCCGUGGAGUGCUGCCAGGGGCACCUGUGCAACAUGAACAUCACUGCGCAGCUGCCCUCUUCCAAGGGGCAAACCUUUCAAGGAGAAGCUGCAGGUUACAGCAUGGAAACACUAAUCAUCGUUAUCCUGGCUCCUGUGGUGGUGUUGAUAGUUUUUUCUGCAGUAGCUGUGCUGAUCAUACGGAGAAUACAGAAAAACCACAUGGAGAGGCUCAAUUCUAGGGAUGCAGAGUAUGGCACAAUCGAGGGCCUCAUUGCCUCGAACGUGGGGGACAGCACGCUGGCAGAUUUGUUGGACCAUUCCUGCACAUCUGGAAGUGGCUCUGGGCUUCCUUUCUUGGUGCAAAGAACGGUGGCUCGCCAGAUCACACUUGUGGAGUGUGUAGGAAAGGGCCGUUAUGGAGAAGUUUGGAGGGGUCAGUGGCAAGGAGAAAAUGUUGCUGUGAAGAUCUUCUCUUCUAGGGAUGAAAAGUCCUGGUUCAGGGAAACUGAGCUGUACAACACUGUACUGCUGCGGCACGAGAAUAUUUUAGGUUUUAUUGCAUCCGACAUGACUUCCAGGAACUCCAGCACGCAGCUGUGGCUGAUCACCCACUACCACGAGAUGGGCUCUCUGUACGACUACCUGCAGCUGACCACGCUGGACACGGUGAGCUGCCUGCGCAUGGUGCUGUCCAUCGCCAGCGGCCUGGCGCACCUGCACAUCGAGAUCUUCGGCACGCAGGGCAAGCCGGCCAUCUCCCACCGCGACCUCAAGAGCAAGAACAUCCUCGUCAAGAAGAACGGGCAGUGCUGCAUCGCCGACCUGGGCCUUGCAGUCAUGCACUCCCAAAGCACCAACCAGCUGGAUGUGGGGAACAAUCCCCGUGUGGGCACCAAGCGCUACAUGGCUCCGGAGGUGCUGGACGAGACCAUCCAGGCCGACUGCUUCGACUCCUACAAGCGCGUGGACAUCUGGGCCUUCGGGCUGGUCCUCUGGGAGGUGGCCAGGCGCAUGGUCAGCAACGGAAUCGUGGAAGACUACAAACCACCCUUUUAUGACUUGGUUCCGAACGACCCCAGUUUUGAAGACAUGAGGAAGGUGGUCUGUGUGGAUCAGCAGAGGCCCAACAUUCCCAACAGAUGGUUCUCAGACCCGACGUUGACGUCCCUUGCCAAGCUGAUGAAGGAGUGCUGGUACCAGAACCCCUCGGCCAGACUGACAGCCCUGCGCAUCAAAAAGACUUUGACCAAAAUUGACAAUUCCUUGGACAAACUGAAAGCUGACUGUUGACCUCUCCUCGUGGUGCUCUCCCGGCAGGAAGGCGCUGGGCUGGCCCGGAGGCUCUGGCCAGGCAGUUCCUAGCCCUGGUCCCCAAGGAGCUCUGGGGGGCAGCUGGGGACCCCACUGCCCCGAGCACACCUGGGCGAGCGCCGAGGACUCAGCUGGGCGUGCUGUGGCUGAGCUAGUGGCCUGAAGGAAGACAGAGAAAUCCUAAGACAAGA